AUGGCGCCUACACCAGUCUCUACAGUGCCUACAGAACAACCUACACCAAUCCAAUAUAUUCGAAGUCCUAGAGCAGAAACAUAUCUGACUCAAGAUGGAACUAGGGAAUGGAUUCCAUAUUGUGUUGAAGAUAAGAAACCACGUGAAGGAAUGGUAUUCAAAACUUUAGAGAAGGCUAUCGAAUUUUAUAAGGAUAGAGAAGGUAUCUUAGAAUCCGAAGGUAAUUAUGAAGAAAAAGGGAAGCGACACCGUAAAAGAAACUCAAAGCGAGUUGGUUGCAAGGCUAGAAUCAUUUGGAAUCUUAACAAUGAAGUUGGAGAAUACAAACUUACCAAAUUGUUUGAGCCUCAUAACCAUUCUCGUACAUCCAUGCCAUAUUUGAGAAGUUCAAGAAAAAUGACGAUGGUUCACAAGAAUUUUGUGAAUAGUAAUACAAGAAUGAACAUUGGACCAACGAAAUCUUUUCGGCUAUUUAAGGAAAAUGUAGGUAGUUACGACAAUGUUGGGGCCACAAUAAAAGACUUUAUGAACUUUCAUAGAGAUUUGAAGGAGCACAUCAAGGGUGAUGAUGCUAAGAUGUUAAUUGAGAAUUUUAUACGAAAAAGAGAUGUUUUCAAUGGGUUCUACUUUGAUUAUUCCCUAGAUGAACAUGAUCAUGUUUCACAUCUGUUUUGGGCGGAUGCAACUAGCCGUAAAAAUUAUUCAUUGUUUGGAGAGAUGAUAUCCUUUGAUUGCACCUAUGACUCCAACACAUACUCAAUGGUUUUAGCUCCUUUCAUCGGAGUAGACCAUCACAAGUCUUGCAUCACAUUUGGGGUUGGUUUACUUUCUAAAGAAGAUGCUCAAUCAUUUGAAUGGCUAUUUAGGACUUUCCUUAAUGCUAUGGGAAAUUGUGAGCCUAGAUAUUUGAUAACCAAUCAAGACCCGGCAAUGAAAGUUGCCAUAAAUGAGGUGUUUUCUAACACUCGCCAUCGGCUUUGUUUGUGGCAUAUAAUGAAAAAAGUUCCUGAAAAAGUAGGCCCCGAGCUCAAACAAGAUGAAGGUUUUCUUAAGUUGUUAAAUGAGUGUGUGUGGGACAUGGAACAAGAAUCCGAGGAAUUUGAAGCUACUUGGAACUCGCUUAUGGUUCAAUAUAACCUUGUGGAGAAUGGUUGGUUCCAACAUAUGUUUUCAAUAAGAGAACAUUGGAUACCGUGCUACUUUAGAGAUCUCAGGUUAGGAGGCAUUUUAAGAACUACCUCUAGAUCAGAAAGUGAGAAUAGUUUUUUCAUCAAUUUCACCAAUCCCCAUGUGACACUUGUAGAAUUCUACAUGCGUUUUGAAAGUGCAAUGGAUGCACAAAGGCACAAGCAAGAUAAGCUAAAUACGGAAUCCAUUCACUCUGUUCCUCAAUUUAUAACUCCAUUGCCUUUGGAGAAACAUGCAGCUGAGGUGUAUACCAGAAAUUUUUUCUACAUGUUCCAGGAUGAGGUGUACAAGGCUUGUUUCAGAUGUGGGAUUAGUUCUAUUAGAAUGGAAGAAAAUAUUGAAAUCGCACAAGUCAUGGACCAUUCUCGACAGAAAACAAGUGAGGUAACAUUUAAUUCUGGAAAUCUCAUGACAUCAUGUUCUUGCGAAUUGUUUGAGAGAUUGGGGAUUUUAUGUAAAUAUGCAAUAUGUGUUUUAAAUGCAAGACAAGUUACAAAGAUUCCAGAGUACUACAUUCUUGAUCUAUGGACAAAAGAGGCAACCAAAAGGCCAAUUUUUUAUAUGCAUGGUAACUUCCUUGAAGAAUGUAGGAAGAUGAACACAACAACUAAAAUGUUAGGGGAAGUCUGGUCAGAGAUUUUUAAUUGUGUAGGCCUUGCAGAGGGAAAUGAGGAAUAUUUGCAACAAUUUCUCGAUAAUCUUAGAGAUUUUAGUAAGAAUUUGGUAGAAAAAGGAAAGUGUGUGCCAAUGACAAAAACUCAAGAGAUGGAGCUUUUUUUUGGUCCUAGUGCGUCUUCUAACCUCAAUAUCCAAAAUCCAAUACCAUCAAAGAAUAAAGGCAAGAGACAUAGAAUAGUAGGAGAAAAGGAGGUAGCAAUUGAGCAAAGUCAGAAACCCAAAAGAAAAUGUAAAGCUUGUGGGGCAUAUGAUUAUCACGACAGUCGUAACUGCCCGAACAAAACUACAACCUAA